CGCCCGCGCCCCGGGCUACCGUUCAGAUCAAACACCCUAGGGUUUGCCCUCUCCUCUCCCUGCCACCACGCCGCCGCAAAUUGCUAACUCCAAUGGCCCAGCGCUGGCGCUCCAGGGCCCGCCGCGACCCGGACCUGGACGACAACGGCUCUCCUCCGCGGCGCCGGCGCCCGCCCAGCGACGACGAGGACGAGGGCAACGAGGACCUCAGCCUCGAGAUCGUCGCGCGGGCGCGGCGGCGCGAGGCGGCCGGAGGCCAGCCCGGGUUCGCCGACCUGGUCGUGCUGUCCUCCGACGAGGAGGUCGACGAGGACUCCGUGGUGGAACUCGGCGAGGCGGAUCCCAGGAGGAAACAGAAGAAGAAGAAGCGGCGCAAGGAGAGGAAGAAGAAGCAGCGGAAGGAGGAGGGAGGGGCUGGAGACUCCGCGGCGAAGGAGGAGCCUCAGGUUGCUGGCACCCAGGAGGGACAAACUGGGAUAGCAGAAGUGGUGCUCACUGAAGGUGGGGUUGAUGUCCCUUUAUCCGACAACACUGUUCUGCGGAAGCUUCUUCGUAUACCAAGAUACUUUGAUCCUGGGGAAACUAUAUUGGAGACUUGCUUUAACUGUGGAGAGGAAGGACAUGUAGCUACAAACUGCACAAUGGAAAAGCGGAAGAAGCCUUGCUUCAUUUGUGGAUUGUUCGGACACAUUGCAAAGCAGUGCACACAGGGUCAAGAUUGUUUCAUCUGCAAAAAAGGAGGUCAUAUGGCAAAAGAUUGCCCUGACAAGCACAACAUAAAUACCCAGCAAUCCACCACACUGUGUUUAAGAUGCGGAGAAAUAGGUCAUGAUAUGUUUGCAUGCACCAAUGAUUAUCCACGAGAUGAUGUUAAGGAAAUAAAAUGCUACGUGUGUAAGCAGAGCGGUCAUCUAUGUUGUACCGACUUCUCUGAUAAUUGUCCAAAGGAAGUUACUUGUUAUAAUUGUGCACAACCUGGUCAUACUGGUUUGGGAUGUGCCAAGCAGCGUAGGGAAACUAGUGUCGCAACAACUCCAACCUUGUGCUACAAAUGUGGCAAGGAGGGUCACUUCGCACGAGGCUGCACAAACAUUGCUAAUUCUGAUCGGUUUAAAGGCGAGUUGUCAGCACACAGUCGUAAAAAGGACAAAUGGAAAAAGGAUUCUGGCCCUAGAUCAGCUCCUCAUGAUGGUUAUAAAAGAAAAAGUCCCCUGUUUGAGGAUAGAAGGGACACGCCUCAUGGUAAAUCCAGAAGGGGUGGUUGGAUUCCUGAUGAUCACGACGAUCUACCAUUUAAGAAGUACAAAUCAAAUGGGUGGGCCUCUCCAUCAACUCCUAAGAAGCCAUACACUAAUCACCACCAGCGCUCUUCUGGCAGUGACUAUUCAACUCCUCGAUCUUCAAAAUGGAAAAAUCAAGGUUUUUCAUCGCCAAGCUCGAAUUAUUCUCCAAAUUCAAGGAAGCAUGCAUUUUCCUCGUCUAGAUUCUCCACCAACACCCAUCUCCAUUUUGAAAGAAGUUAGUUUGGAAGCAUACUUUUGGUUUGUUGUUCCCUUGACAAUAGAUCUUCCAGGGAUGAAGUCUGCCUGUGAGGCCACUUCCCUCAAAAGAGUUGUUUCUGAAUGUAUCUUCAGAGUUUUAUACAUUGUGUCUCCAUUCUGGUGCGAGCAUGCUUUAUGUUGUACUUCCAUUGCCUGCAAACCAGCACAUGUGGCUACUCUAAAUCGUGGUGCAGCAGUCUUAGUGUUCACUAA